AUGUUAAAGAAAAUUACAGUUUUUCUUGCCUUUGUCACUCUGUUCAUCAUCCCUGUAAUAUCAUUCUCUCAUGAAGAUCAUGAGCAACAAGCAGCAACCUUCAUAAUACACGUUUCGAAAUCGGAGAGGCCGCUGGUUUUUAGUUCUCAUGUAGAUUGGUAUACCUCAACCCUCCAGUCUCUUCCAUCUUCAGUACUAUCCUCGUCGUCAGACAGUGGACGAUCGUCUCGAGAAAUCAUUUAUACUUAUAACGAUGCUAUUCUUGGUUUUGCAGCAAGACUAACACCAUUUGAAGCUUCACAUCUUGGGAGUCGACCAGGGAUCGUUUCAGUCAUCCCUGAGCGUUAUCACCAAUUCUAUACCACUCAUACUCCCCAGUUCCUGGGUCUUAGUAGUGAUCAUUCUGGUCUAUGGCAUAACUCAGGUUAUGGAGAUGAUGUCAUAAUCGGUGUUAUAGAUUCCGGAAUCUGGCCGGAACGACAAAGUUUUAAUGACUCUCGUUUGGGUCCUAUACCAAAAAGAUGGAAAGGUACUUGUGAGACGGGACCGGAUUUUCCGGAAACAUCUUGCAACCGGAAGAUAAUUGGUGCACGGGCAUAUUACAAAGGUAUAGAAGCACGGAUAGGACACAAGGUCGAUGCAAAUGGUACAGAAUCUAGAUCCCCCAGGGAUACAUUCGGGCAUGGUACACAUUGUGCUUCAACUGCGGCUGGGUCUUCUGUUAAGAAUGCGGGGUUUCGUAAAUAUGCUGUUGGGGAAGCCAGAGGUAUUGCAACUAAAGCUAGAAUUUCUGCUUACAAGAUCGGUUAUCUCACAGCUGGGAUUGCUGAUUCUGAUAUUCUAGCUGGCAUGGAUCAAGCUAUUGCAGAUGGAGUUGAUGUGAUAACUAUAUCGUUUGGUGUUGAGAAUAACACUUAUCCAUACUAUCAAAAUGUGAUUGCCAUCGCUGCUUUUGCGGCUAUGGAGAAAGGAAUUAUAGUUUCUUGUGCAGCUGGAAACUCAGGACCUGUCCCAAUGACGGCGAUUAAUAUUGCACCGUGGAUUUUGACUGUUGGAGCGUCCACAGUUGAUAGAGAAUUCCCUGCGGAUGUAAUUUUAGGCGAUGGUCAAGUAUUUCCUGGCGCUUCACUGUACUCUGGCGCUGUAAUACCAAAUGAUACUUACAUAGAAAUUGUUUAUGCGGCUGGUGAUCAUCCUCGCAGCUCAAACUGCUUAAAGGGUUCAUUAAAUUCUACAGAAGUUGCUGGUAAAAUUGUUAUCUGUGAUGGUCGUGGAGCAGGUGAGCGUAAAGGGACUGUAGUUAAAAAUGCUGGUGGUGCAGGAAUGAUUUAUAUCUGGAAUGGGGAGGAUUUGAUUGCUGAACCUUAUCCAAUUCCAGCAGCUCAAGUAAGUAAGACGUCUGGUGCAAAGAUCAUAGAGUAUAUUAAUAAUCAUCAUCCACACGGUCAAAGACCAAGCGCUACAAUCAAAUUCCGAGGAACCGUAAUUGGUUCUUCUUCAUCCCCUGCUCCUAAGGUUGCAUUCUUUUCUAGCCGUGGCCCAAAUCGAAUAACACCAGAGAUCCUUAAACCAGAUGUGAUUGCACCAGGCGUAAAUAUCUUGGCUGCUUAUACAGGAUAUGGUUCAGACUCUACUUCUUUGGAAGAGUUCCAAAUAGAUUCUGGUACUUCAAUGGCAUGCCCUCAUGUCAGCGGUUUGGCUGCGCUGCUUCGAAAGGCUUAUCCUAAGUGGUCUCCUGCUGCAAUCCGAUCUGCUCUAAUGACUACUGCUUAUACUGUUGACACUACAGGUAAGUCUAUUGCUGAAUUUGGUACAGGAAACUUUUCAACACCAUUCCAACAUGGGUCUGGCCAUGUGGACCCGAACCGAGCACUUAAUCCGGGUUUGGUGUACGAUAUUAUUCCUAGUGAUUAUGAAGCAUUCUUCUGUUCCAUUGGUUAUGAUGCAAAACAGAUUAGAGUUUUUAUUAAAGAUAAGAAGGUUGAUUGCAAGUCAAUCGGGUUAUCUAAUCCGGGUGACCUUAACUAUCCAUCAUUUUCUGUUGUUUUCAAAUCCGGGUUUGAUACGGUUAAGUAUAAGAGAGUGGUUAAGAAUGUUGGAAGUUCAGUGAAUGCAGUUUACGAUGUCAAAAUUAGAGCUCCUACAUCAUUUGUUAAGAUAAGAGUGUGCCCAACCAGACUAGUGUUUAGUAUGAACAAGACGAGUUUGCCUUAUGAAAUCACAUUCGAGUCAAGGCUAACGGAUACGGACACCAUAAAAGAGGCAUUCGGGUCGAUUGAAUGGUAUGAUGGAGUUCAUGUUGUGAAGAGUCCUACUGCAUUUAGGUGGGGUGUUACUUCUACCAGUAGCUUUACAUCUUCUGUUUAAUGUUUACAAAUUAGCUUGUAGUAAUAUUCUUAAUUUCAAUCUCUUGCUGAUCAUCUACAACCAUGUUUGUAAGCUUCUUUUAAAUGCGCAUGCAAGCAAUGCA